GCGCGCCAAACCGCUCGCCACCACUGCACCGACUUCGAUAUGGACAAGCUGAUGGCGAGUGCUGCUUCGUCCUCGAAGCGCAGCAAAGGAUCGACCCUCGCAGAGAAGCCAUGGGUGGAGAAAUAUCGCCCGAGGACAACGGCCGAUGUCGCGCACCAGAGCCAAGUCAUUGCCACACUUCGUGCCACCAUCUCUGGCGCAGACAUGCCACACUUGCUCUUCUACGGGCCUCCUGGCACGGGCAAGACCUCCACCAUCCUUGCGCUCUCACGCGAGCUCUUUGGACCGCAGCUGAUGAAGGAGCGCGUGCUUGAGCUGAACGCCUCUGACGAGCGUGGCAUCAGCGUUGUCCGAGAGAAGAUUAAGACAUUUGCAUCCACAUCCGUGAGCAAAGGCGUGGACGGCUACCCCUGCCCUCCGUUCAAGAUUAUCAUCUUGGAUGAGGCCGAUGCCAUGACCGCAGCAGCGCAGUCAGCACUCAGGCGAACAAUGGAGAAAUACAGCAACGUGACGCGGUUUUGUCUCAUUUGCAAUUACAUCAGCAGAAUCAUUGAGCCGCUUGCCUCGCGCUGCGCCAAGUUCCGCUUCAAACCCUUGUCACGCGACACGCUCGUCGGCCGUCUCCAGCACAUCCGCGACAAGGAGGAUGUCCAGUGCUCCGAUGAGGUGCUCGCUCGCAUCAUUGAUCUUGUCGACGGCGACAUGCGACAGGCCAUCACAUUCUUGCAGAGCGCAUCCAGGCUGUGCGGGUCUUCUGGCGUUGAGGUCCACCAUGUGGAGGAAAUUGCCGGUGCAAUUCCAAAUGCCGUCAUGACAGAUCUUCUUGACAAAUGCAGACAAGGAAGCUUUGAAAACCUGCAAGAAACAGUGCAGUCGAUUCUGCUUGACGGCUUCUCUGCAGACACCAUCGUGGAGGAGCUGCUCCAGCUCGUGGUGGAAGCUGACGAUAUUUCCGACACGCAAAAAGCGGACAUUGCACACAAACUGGCGCAGGUGGACAAGCGGUUGGUUGACGGCGCGGACGAAGAGCUGCAGAUUAUGGACCUGUGUGCAACCACCAUGCAAGUCCUCUCCUAGACCACCACACCACACCACACACACACACACACACACACACACACACACACACACACACACACACACACACACACA